AUGCCUUACAUUCAUCAUUUUCCUGUUCUGCCUUAUCGCUUAAUCCAGGCUGAACCAUCCCGUCCUCCUUUGAUAGCCGACAUUGCAUCGAGGUCUCCGAGCAAUCGCCAUUCUGCUGCUUCAAGAAUAUGCAUCUUUGGGCAACCUCAGAAGGAAGACAGGCUAUACGCUGCAAGGAGAUAUAUUAGUCGUACGAAGGAGAUAUGCCGUGAACCCGUUGUCGUCUCUAGGCCUGAGGCCGGGAGGUACUGGCUCAGCAACAGAGAAGCGGACUGUAUCUCUCUUGAUGUGCCUCGCAAAGACGGCGGUUACACUUCGGAAUUCCCAAGGCGAUAUUCAAAGGGCAAGGAGCUUUUAUAUCCGGGGUGGAACAUUCAUCUCGACUACGCACACACAAAACCCGGCCUGUCCCAUGAGGAACGUGCCCGGUUGAAAGGACGUUUCUGCAACGGUCACCCGGUUGUGGUGCCGCAAAGAGACCUCGAGAAAUAUGAGGUUGAAGGGAGGAGACCGCACCACGGCAUUCGUGCUGUUACCGCUCGGCCAAGACAGGACUUUGCUGGGCCCCAUCUGAAGCGGGUGGUAUAUUAUUGAAGAGGGCACAUCAUAUUGGGGUUUGAACCCGUUCACAUGAAAGUGUGACAUGGGAGCGGAUGACGAAUGGUGACAUUGGGUAAUGUCAUAAUAUCAAGGAAUUGAGGGAGG